CCUCCUCUGGCAGACGCCGGACUGGCGAAGCGGCGAACCCGACUGUGAGACACCCAGAGAGCAAGAGAUCUCGGGAGUACAUGAAGCCGACUGUUAACUCCAGGCUCUGUUUACCUCACAAAGUCGGUUUACGUUAGGUAACGAUGACUACAUCAGGUUCCUUGGAUCGAAUGGAACUCUGUGAAAGCCUCUUGACAUGGAUCCAGACAUUUGGAGUGGAGGCUCCAUGCAAGACAGUAGAAGACUUGACAAGUGGCAUCGUCAUGGCCCAAGCUCUACAGAAAAUAGAUAUAGUGUAUUUCAAUGACUCUUGGAUUAGUAGAGUCAAGCCAGAGGUUGGAGACAACUGGAGGUUAAAGAUCAGCAAUCUAAAGAAAGUUCUAAAAGGCAUCCUAGACUAUAACCAGGAGAUCCUAGGCCAGCACAUUAACGACUUCACACUACCAGAUGUUAACCUUAUUGGAGAGCACUCUGACGCAGCAGAACUUGGGAGGAUGCUUCAACUUAUACUGGGCUGUGCUGUCAACUGUGAACAGAAACAAGAAUACAUCCAGACCAUAAUGAUGAUGGAGGAGUCAGUGCAGCAUGUUGUCAUGACAGCCAUCCAAGAGCUGAUGAGUAAAGAGACUCCGGUGAUGGGAGGAAAUGACUCGUAUGUGGAUCUAGACAGACAGCUGAAGAAGACAGCAGAGGAGCUGAAUGAUGCUUUGUCUACCAAGGAAGAGAUCGCCCAAAGGUGCCGCGAGCUUGACAUGCAGGUGGCAGCCCUGCAAGAGGAGAAGAGCAGUUUGCUGGCAGAAAACCAGAUCCUGAUGGAGAGACUUAACCAGUCUGACUCCAUAGAGGACAUAAACAGCCCUGCUGGACGCAGACACCUCCAGCUGCAGACACAACUGGAGCAACUGCAAGAAGAAACUUUUAGGUUGGAGGCAUCAAAAGAUGAUUAUCGGAUCCGUUGCGAAGAGCUUGAAAAAGAACUCUUAGACGUGAAGUCGCAGAAUGAAGAGCUUGCAUCGCUGGCUGAUGAAGCCCAGUCUCUCAAGGACGAGAUGGAUGUCCUCCGGCAUUCAUCAGACAAAGUGUCAAAGCUGGAGGGCACAGUGGAGCACUACAAGAAGAAACUAGAGGACAUGGGACUUCUCAGGAGACAGAAUAAGCUUAUGGAGGAGAAGAACACAGUGUUAAUGCAGAGUACCGUCAGUUUGGAAGAAGAGUUACGAAAGGCGAAUGCUACCAAGGGCCAGCUGGAGACAUACAAGAGACAGGUGGUCGAACUUCAGAACAGACUGUCAGAGGAGUCGAAAAAGGCCGACAAGAUGGAGUUUGAGUACAAACGCGUCAAAGAGAAAGUGGACUCUCUACAAAAAGAAAAAGAUCGUAUGCGAACGGAGAGAGACUCUCUGAAGGAAACUAUUGAGGAGCUACACUGUGUCCAAGCCCAGGAGGGACAGCUUACAUCAGGUUUGUUCCCGAUGGUCAGCAACGAUGGCUCUGAUUCGCUAGCUGCUGAGAUCACCACCCCAGAGAUUCGAGAACAUUUGAUUCGUCUUCAGCAUGAGAACAAGAUGUUGAAGCUGGCCCAGGAGGGAUCAGACAAUGAGAAGAUUGCACUGUUGCAGAGUCUACUGGAGGAUGCCAGCCGAAGAAAGAAUGAACUGGAGACAGAGAACAGGUUAAUCAAUCAGCGCCUGAUGGAGGAACAGAGUCAGGUAGAGGAGCUACAGAAAAAUCUUCAAGAACAGGGUUCCAAAGCGGACGAUUCUUCCAUUCUGAAGAAGAAAUAUGAGGAGCACAUGGAGAAACUACGAGAGUUGAACAAUGAGUUACUGAAGAAGAAUGCCUUCAUCGAUGAAAUGGAGCCAAAAUACAACAGCAGCUCCCAACGAGUGGAAGAGCUGGAAGAGGCCUUGAAGAAGAAAGAUGAAGACAUGAAACAGAUGGAGGAGAGAUAUAAGAAAUACCUGGAAAAAGCCAAGAGUGUGAUCCGGACCCUGGACCCCAAACAGAACCAGGGUUCAGGUCCAGAGGUCCAGGCCCUGAAGAACCAGCUGCAGGAGAAGGACAGGAUGUUGCACUCAUUGGAGAAAGAGAUGGACAAGACAAAAAGCCAGAGAGAUUACGAGGAGAAACUGAUUGUGUCAGCCUGGUACAAUAUGGGCAUGUCUCUGCAGAAGAAGGCGGCUGAAGACAGACUUGCCAACACCGGUUCUGGUCAGUCCUUCCUGGCCCGGCAAAGACAAGCCACCAGCACACGCCGCUCACAUCCGGGCCACGUCCAGCCAGCUACCGCAAGGUAGAUGGCAGCAGGGCAGAAAAAUACUGCGACAACCUACCUUAACAAAUCCCCUGAACUUACAUACAGUAGAUGUGCCUUUUUUUGAGGCACACCAUUUCCAUUCAUUUCUAAUGGACGUUCUUCUUUUCCUGCAUUCUACCUAUUGAUUUUCUGUUGUUUUUUUCCCCUUCUUGAUCAGAUCCAUGAGGUAGAGAUGCCAGGCAAGGCUGUCCAAAAUCUAAGACUAAGCAUAUUUUACCCUGACCGCUGUGAUGCCAGGCUCCUACCCUUUUAACACCGCCAGCAUAUUUGAUAGGGCCUGACUAAUCACCCCAAACACCUUCUCUUCCUUCCUCAACCUGUACUCUGUGGCAAACGUUUGUCAGGCAGGUACAUUUGGUCCCCAAGGCAGAGAAGAAAGGCAUCUUCUUGACAAGUUACUGUCAGUUUUUGUUUAGGGGAGCCGCUCUGCCUGUUCAUGCAGUACUUAUGCACAUGUCUACCUGUCAUAGCAAUUGAGGUCCAUCUUGUUUCUCGAGUGGAGUUGACAGAUUUUCUGUCCUGCGUUAUCUGUUUUAACUCUUAUGAUGUAGCUUUCAGCAGGCGACAGCCAUUGUAAUUUACAUGUCAAAUGUAUAUUUUUAAGUGGUGAUACGUUGCCCUUCUGCCGUGUGAUUAUGUCUUUGAUUUAUGAAUUUAGAUGCAAUAUUGAGCAACAAAUACAUUGAGGCAUAGGAAGAUGUAUAGUCAUCACAUGUAAAUGUUCCAUUUGCUUGCUAAAUGGUCUGUAUGAUCUCUAACAGGGCGACAUGAUUUGGAGAAGGAAAAAAAAAUAGGUAACUGUCGGCUGGUAAUAGUGCAGCAUUAAUCGUGAAUGGUAAUUUCCCCUGGGAAUUUUUUUAAAGUAACUGAUUCAGCUGUUGAAGUUGUUUAAGAAACUGCAUUCCCCAGCUAGGGAGAUUGUGGCAAAGAUCAAUGUGCGACAUAACUGUGUAGACUGGUUUUCAUUAUGUUUCUUAAAAGGAGCCACCGUCGAGCAAUCUUUCACAUGGUUUUAGCUUUACCAGCAUUUACCAGGUUGUCUUGGACAACACCGUAUGUGUCAUAGUGUUAGAUUCCACGGUAUUUGGUCAAUAUUAUACUGGCAACACUGCAGGCAUCACACUACACAGAAAGACGUAGUCACGAAAUAGUUCCUGAGUUUUAGAUCCUGGGACUGUUUGGUUUGUAGAUCGCCCUUUAUGCAAUUAUAACAACAAAGAGAAGGCGUUUAUUCAGUGUAGCUCAUUGAAGCAGACUUAUUUUCCAUAUCAUUUUAGAAUCAAUUGAUUGCUAUCAUCGUCAAAAGGUUUUUCAAGGUUUGUGAGAAGGUGUUUUGAUAAGCACGACGCAGAAUUGCCCAUGCCACUUUAAAUAGGAGUCUUGAAUAGGUAUGCUUGUUGCAGCUGUUCCUGUCCUUUCUGCAACCCAUUUGUGGUUCCACUCUGUUUACAUUGUCAUUGUUUUUAAGGCACAUCCUGAAUGAUUUGUUAUUAACAUGACAGACCUUUAGAAGUCUGGGAAUUAACCCUGUUCGUUUGCUGUGUUUAUGUUUUAGAUCAUGCUCAGAAUGUUAAUUCUAACAGGCCCCGCCGUCUGACCGUUAUCUCUCUUUCUCCUCCCUCAACAGCAAUGUCACUGCAUGACUGGCACACCAAUGAACUGGCCAAACCUUGUGUGGCUCGGCCCUGCCUGUCUUUGGCCUGCGCUGGCCCCAGGCUGGGCUAGGCUGAGGCACACGAUGCAUGAACUACCUGCCUGCCUACUGUUUUGCAUGACUUUGCAUUGACACGACUUGCGAAUAACCAGCGCACCAGCAGCAGCAUGAGCACUAACAACCGUUUGCAGUGUCAUGCAUUGUAACCUCCAGACAAGCCUGGGGAGGCCAGCAAUUUAACUCCUUCCCACCUUUCCAGUUCCUUGCUUUUCAUAUUCUCCUGCUCGUUGUUACAUUCUCCAUUCCUAUACUAUCCUCUCCCCCCCACCCCACUCUUUAUGGACAUGCCACACCGCAUCAAGUCUGUUACAAUUCAACUGUUACAAACACCAAGGACAGGGGCAGAAUAUCGCAGCAUAGUAUGUCAAUCCAGCAGUUGAUCUCCCAAUAGGCCUUUUCUGCAGUGUGUAACUUGACGUUGGCUGUCUGCUUCAGGGUACCUCAGUGACAUAUUUCCACAUAUCUGUUUUUAUUGACAUGGUUGGAGGAGAGUCUGCAUUAGCGUGAGAGAAAUAUUUGAGAGGUGCGACCUGCAAAUCAGUCUGACUAACAACAAAAAAAAAAGUGUGCCAGCCUCCCCUCAACAUGUUGCUAGAUGGCUUCUUAGAAGUGGUUUUACCUCAAGUAUUAGUGAGUACAACAAGGAGCGCUUAUGGGGCAUUACUGUGAUGCCCUGUAAGCUUUGGGACAGUUUGCAGUAGGAUGGCAAAAAUAAGUGUUUUAAAAUGAAUAACAUUGUUACAGAUAUGCUUUUAUACUGAAUACAAGCCCCUAUUAAGCCUACUUUCAAUGUUUCUUUAGAUGGAAUUUAAUACAGUUAAAUACAUUUUACCAUAAAACAUGAAUACUAACUUGAUAGAAUAAUUGCCGGAAUUCUAUUUAUUUUUUUAUUUUUUUAAAUAAGGAUGUAACUGUACAUCAGCUCACGCAGGCUAAUGUAAAGUACUUUUUGUAGGCUCGAAAAGGCUAACUAUUUAAAAAACUUUAACAGGGAAACCAUUGUAACAAUCUAAAAGGAUCCUGUUAAUCACAGAUGAAACCCUUAUUCAAUCCAUGUCAGGCAGUUCGUACUGUAGUAACUGCAUUUCUUUCGUUAAUGCAACUUAACCGAACAGUUAUGUGAAAAACAUUUUUGGCAUUAACGGAAAAAAGUUAAGACUGCUUACAAGUUAUACAAGACACAUUUUAUAUUAUCCGUCAUAGGGAAACUUAACUUGGUGUUGCUAUAAGUCAUACUGUGCAUUGUGUGUCGCUUUUUAAAAUAAAUGUCUUAUUUAAAUUUUAUUUCCAGAGCGUCUUAAAAGUAUGUUGAUAAACCAAGUGAGAAAGAAAAUAAACACCUGGACCUAAGGAUAUAUGCUUAUUAAAGGCAUAAUUGCAUACAUUUUUCAAAUGAGAGAUUGUUCAGUCCUCAAAUGUAGUGCCUUUGUUUAAAAUACGAUAAAACAAGACUGGCUAGUCUUUUAAAGACUUAAGGCAGCAAGGCAUGCCACAUUUAGAGACAAUUAUAUUGCGUUAUUUGAGAAAAUAGAGGAAAAAAAACAAUGCCAGAGAUGAGCUUUAAUCUCAUCUACAUGAUACAUUUCUCGACAGAAAACUUCUAUUCAAAUGAAGUAGACUUAAUGAGGGCUUUUCUUCUUUGUAUUUUAACCUAUUUUACUUUUAAAUGUUAUAUUGUGUAACCUUGGGUUAAUUCAUGCUGUGCAUUUUUAUCUUAAUGGCUUAUUUAUUCUUUUGCCGCUUGUACAGCAGUGUUAUUACAUUUUUAUUUUUAAAUAUCAGUAGUAUUAUAAUAUCACCACUCAUACUGUUACAAUGGAUGUGAAGUUUCCAUACAACAUUAAGAUACUGUUAAAUACUUGUCUUAUGCAACAAAAGGAGGAGAUAGUUUGAAAUAGUGUAGUGUCUGUCUCCAUUUAAUGAAAAUGACACAAAGGUUAUUACCAGUGUCAUCUGAGACCAGUGUAAAAUAGAGAAAACACUGUAAGGUUCCAUUUACCUCAAGUCUUUUCAGGAAGAGGAGUUUCUUAGAAAACACGUCCUGUUUGAAACGGAACGUUUUCUCAUUAACAAAAAAAAGCGCAUUUUUACACUUUUAAUUCAUUGUAUUGUGAAUUUACUUUGACCCUGCAAAUUAUCAUAUUUUCCAGUGUUUUAGCGAUAGCGAAAAAGACGCCGGCCACGUUCAUGGGAAAAGGCACUAUAUAGCUGUUGGGCAUGGAAUUGCAUUCAAAUUAAGUGUGCUCAGACGUUUGGAUAACUUGAAUAAACAAGGAUUCUACAUUUGGGCAUCAAAUAAAUUAAAUUAGUUUCUAGAAAUGAGCGGGGAAAUCCCAUUUGCAGUAUGAAUUAAUUUGCAGAGAGACGUGAUGCUUUGUCCAGCUCUGUACUUGUUUCUGUCCAAAUCUGUGUUUUGUAAACCACUUGCCAUUAACAUUCAGCUGUAAGUUAUAUUACACACAAGUCUUUUUAACCGUCCAUCCCCGCGAGUCACUGGUUUGCUAAGAAAUCUGUAUAUAAUGGAACACAUCCGCAUUGUGGUUGACCUGUUUUAUCAGGGAUAUUGGGGAAACAUUUUCUUUUAUUUAAUAUCUCUCUAAGAGAAAGCAUAUGUUGUCCCCUUUUAUCCCCCAUCAAGUCAGCCACUGUACAGUAUUUUGUUGCUCUUGUGUCUGUGUAUAUACUUAACAUUUCUGGCAAAUAAUGAGUAACCAGGGAAAGUUUAUCACAGUAAUAUACCAGAGAAACUGGCUUCAGAAGCUAGCUAGUUUCUGCCAUUUUCAGACCUAAUGCCAAUUUCUUCUUAAUAAAGAAGCAAAGGUGACAUUUGAUGUACUAACCCCAAAUAUUUCCUUGAUAUUCAUGUUUGAAUGUUGAGUGUUUGCGAACAAAAUAACUGAAUGAAGAUUGUAUUCAUCUUCUCAAAACCUGAUCAUAAUUUGGUGUAUUACUUAUAUGCCUCAGCUAAAGUACCCAGUGUUCCUUAGUGUUACUUGACUGCUAAAUUGCACUGUCAAAAGUGUAUUAGAGAGAUGACACAAACAACAUGAGGAAUCUUAUCACUACGCGUGCAGUGUUUGCUCUAUUUUUUUACUCAUUGGAAAACUUUUCUUUACAUAUUGAAGUAGCAAAUAACCUUCCAUUUGCCAAGUUUUAUAUUGCUUGUAUACAAACACACUAUGUACAUACUAAUUGUGACCGUAGUAGAGGAGGUGUCUGGCCAUUUGAGAAUGAGAAAAUAAGACCCAUGUCAUCAUAGCAUCUGUCCGAUGAGGACCUAUUGAUGAAAAUGUGCUUCCUACACUGCAAAACUUGGAAAUUACAUUUUAAAUAAAGCUUGUAUAAAACAG